AUGCUCACGCAACCGGAUGGCAUAAUUGAGCUCAAAAUUCUGAAUACAACCGCUUGGGACUCUGGAUGCUAUCGAUGUGUAGUCGAAAAUGAAUUUGGCUCCGACAGGACAGUGGCUGAUGUCUCUGUUAGCAAGGCCCCUCUGCUGAGGAGGAAGCCAAACCUAUUGUUGAAGAAGAAGAGCCAGAAAACGAAAAACCAAGAUUCCGUUAUGGACUACAUGACCUGA